AUGGCGUUUGGUUUGGCAUGUGAUUGGUUCCGGCAAUUUUUCCCCCUUUCUAUUGGCCGCUUUCUCUUUGAUGUGUAUGGAUUGGAAGUGUCGACACUUGGGGAUUAUGCUGUGGUAGUUCUUGUUUGUCAAACGAAUUCUUCAUCUCGGGCUACCUGUAUGGCUAACAAGAAUACACAGCCAUGUUGGCCUGGAUGCCGGCUUCCUUUAUUGUUCUGUCUUGGUUUUGCAAUAGUCCUGGCUCUCCCCUAUCUGUUUUUCUUGGAUUACAAUGAUCCAAAAGAGAAGUUCUUUUCCAUGAUUGAGAACCGAAGACUCCCUUUGAAAGACCAUGAAGAAGAGCCCUCGUUGUCUAUGGAAUCGACUUUCCGCGUUCAAAGUGGACCGGCAGAUGAAGAUCUCAAGCAGUGUGAUCUGAGCAAGGCAAUGUUGAAGGUUUUCAUGUAUGAUAUGCCUCCUGAGUUUCACUUUCGUCUUUUAGAUUGGAAAGGAGAUGGAAAGAGUGUGUGGCCGGAUAUCCAGACCGAAAUUCCAGAUCAUCCUGGUGGCUUGAAUCUUCAACACAGCAUUGAGUACUGGCUGACAUUGGAUCUUCUAUCCUCAAGAUUCUCUGACCGGAGUGGCCCUUGCACAGCUGUAAGGGUUGAUGAUUCUCGUGAAGCUGAUGUUGUGUUUGUGCCUUUCUUUUCUUCUUUGAGCUACAACCGCCAUUCUAAUGUUAAACCACCGGAAAAAAUUAGUAGAAACAAAGCACUGCAGAAGAAAUUGGUGGAGUAUUUAACAGCUCGACAGGAGUGGAAAAGGUCAGGGGGGUAA